UCCCAGCGUUCUGUGCGCGUGCAUUCCUAGUGCCACGUAAUAGGUGAUAGUGUACCGGCGCAUCCAAGAGCUAACAUCUUGCACCUUGUGGGUGAUUAAGAUUUAUUAUCUUGUUUCUUCGAGGUUUUCUAGGGAUUUCUUGUAGUGAUGGGAGGAUCGCAGAGCGUGGAGAUUCCUGGUGGGGGUACCGAGGGAUAUCAUGUUCUCAGGGUACAAGAGAACUCACCAGGACACAGAGCUGGGCUGGAGCCAUUUUUUGACUUUGUUGUCUCUAUCAAUGACACACGUUUGAAUCGAGACAAUGACACACUAAAAGAUCUGCUAAAAGUGAAUGUUGAGAAACCAGUGAAAAUGCAGGUGUACAGCAGCAAGACUCUGGAACUUCGUGAGACAACUGUCACCCCAAGUAAUCUUUGGGGAGGACAGGGAUUACUGGGUGUGAGCAUUCGCUUCUGCAGCUUUGAGGGAGCCAAUGAAAAUGUGUGGCAUGUACUGGAAGUAGAACCAAAUUCACCAGCUGCACUUGCAGGCUUGAGACCACACACAGACUACAUUAUUGGUGCAGAUACAGUCAUGAAUGAGUCAGAAGACCUCUUCUCCCUUAUAGAAACUCACGAGCAGAAGCCAUUAAAACUUUACGUUUACAAUACAGACACAGACAGCUGUCGAGAGGUGGUCAUCACACCCAAUUCUGCAUGGGGUGGCGAAGGAAGUCUAGGAUGUGGAAUUGGUUAUGGUUACUUGCAUCGAAUUCCUACACGACCAUUUGAAGAGGGGAAAAAAAUGAGUCUUCCAGGACAGCCACCUAAUGCACCUGUUGCACCUGUUAAAGAUGGCUUUACAGAGGUUCAGCUUUCAGCUCUUUCUGGAGCUACAGGUAUUGAACAGUCUAUGUCCGGACUGUCUGUCAGUUCAACUCCAUCAACAAUCAGCAGUGCUUUCAACACAGGAGUUCCUACUGUACCUGUAUUACCUACGCACAUGUCUUCAUCUGUAAGUGACCUAUCGCCAGUAAAUCCCUCUACUACAUUGCCAGGUCUAAUGCCUCUACCACCAGGACUGUCUGCUCUGUCCAGCAUACCAAACCUGAAUUUUUCUUUAUCAAAUUUAAAUCCUCUGGGUGCACCAGGAGCUGGCUUGCCUGCACAUCUUGGUUUGCCAACUGUUGCUCCAUUGCCACCACUUAAUAUUCCUGGGAUAGCUGCUCUACCAAUGACCACCACAGUUCCCUCACAGUUUCCUUUGGUGUCAGGAGCUUCUCAGUCUAUUUCACAACUGGGUAAUCUUCCUCUGGAUGGCACACAACAAGCACCUUCCUUAAUUUUGGAUACAGCAACAAUUGCCAAGACAUUAGCUGUUGAGAAGUCACGUGAAUUCACUGCAGUCAGUGAAAAAAUGUAUUCCGAGCCCACAGAUAUGCAAGCUUCCUCUGAAUCAUCUUAACAUCAGAACUUUCUUUUGAGGAUAGAGAUUAGCAUAUUUAUUUAGCUACAGAAGAAACAUUUAUAAGUGUACUGAGGUGCAGACAUUGGUCUGUUCAAGCUAAGUUCUUAUCUGAAGAACUUUGUAAAUUAUUAUGACACUGAGAUUAAUAGGCUUAAGAAAAGGAAAGAUCUUUUCCUCCCUAAAAAGUGAACUAAGGUCAGUCUAGCAGCUAGCACAGAGGAUUAAGGCUAUGAGUUGCUAAUGAGCGUUAUGUUGUAGUCCAGGAUUUGAUUCAGUCAGCCUCUAUUUGCCUGCCGUGUAACUCUGAGCAAAGUCAUUUAACCAGGCAGUACUCCUGGGUCACUCCUUAAAAAGGCUUGUACCUAGUAGGUUGACCUGAUUAACAAAUGCAUAAAAAAGGUAGCAGUUAAAUGUUGCCAUUCAGGCCAGCAUGUGCAUUCCUACUCAGGUGUCCAUAACUUGACAAAUUAAGUUAAGGGUAUUGUAUGUUUUACUUCUGGAGAAAUAUAUGCUCUGUUACACUUUCUAAUGUAGCUCCAAGGAUCUUUUUAUUGUGCCUAAAGUCAGUUAACUUUAAAUGGAAUGGAGGGAAUGUUUCAGAACAGAAUAUUACAGCCCUUAUUAAUAGAAUGUACAUUAUUUAUAAAAUGCAUUUUCAUGAUUUCUGUAUGCAGACUAUUCACAUUGUUUUUUCAAGUGAGUGGGAGUAUUCCAAACUUUUUUCUGUAAGUGAUUUUUGUUGCUGUGCACAUGCAGUGGCAUUUGAAGAACUUGAGGCAGACAUAAAGUACAAAUGUUUUGCACAACUCUAAGCCAACAGGUGGGCACCCUGAGACUACUUGUUCAAAAACUGCAUUCUGUUGAGAAACAUACUACAGCAAUAAACUGGUAUUUUACUCA